AUGCCGGUUCUCAACCUACGCGCCUCUCUCGGCGCGAACACGGCGAACUUCCGCAUCUCAUCGAGGGCCUCGAUCAGAGAGUUGGUGUAUGCCAUAGACAACCUUAUCGGUCUCGGUGAUCCUAGCAGGCUCCGCAUCUUCAGCAGAGGGGGACAGCUCCGCGAAUCUGAUACGCGUACUGUGGAGGAAGCCAACGUUCAGAAUGGCGAUCAACUCCGUGUCAUAUUCGGAUUGAACGGCGGCUACGCUGCGGAUGGCAUCUACUUUGCCUCUCCUGAGGAGGUCCCGCAGCUCAACCUGGAGGUCUCGUUCUCUCCUGGACUUCUGGCGUCCCAGAUAUUCAGGCCCGGUAACGGAUGGUCGGGGCCCAUGAGGGUCUUUGAGUGGAGUGGCUCGAUCUUGAGCGAGCGUGGGUAUGGCACUUUGUCUUGCUUGCAAGAGCGCGAUACCGCUCGGAAGGAUCACGCUAUCACUUGGGAAAUCAGCCCGGACCUCUCCAACGCAGAGACUGACCCCGUGAACGAGCAUUUCGCCCUGAACGACACCAACGCGGUCGUGCUCAAAUGGAACGAGGCUUCCGCAUAUCUGUUCCAGGCUCUUACGUCGUUCAGUUUGGACCGUAGCAGUAUCGAACGCUUCUCCAUGAGAUAUUCCGAACGACUCACUAAGAGCAACUACGUCGCCAUCCGCUUCUUAGACCAGGCGACAUACGAGCAACUCGUCCCGCUCUCUGUUUCCCCUCCUCCGGACGUCGUAACGCGUAUCGUACUGCUCUUCCAGAACCUGAGCCAAGCCGACGUAGCAGCGUGGCCCCAAGCCCAGGCGCGCGCACAGACGGGGCCGAACUACUGGAAGGAGGUCAUUGGCUUCGAUGAACGCGCCACGGACGCGUCGCUCUACCGCGCGUUGGAAUGGAGGGCGAUUGAGAUCCCUGCCGCAGGAGCUGCUGCAUAG